GGGAUCAAAUUAAAAAAAUAAGAUAUUUUCUAUACCAGAAGAGAACCCACUACUGAAAUGGUCACUUUUUUGUCUAGUAUAGAGUUUAAACAUGGGCCUUACAAGAACCGAGUCAUCAAAGGUUGGCUCCCUUAUCUGGGCUUGUGUGCUCCGAUAAGGCAACGGCAUAUCAACGGCAUCGGACGGAAACACGGAAAGACCAUUAAGUCGGCCACCUCUUCAGUUGGAUGCCGGAGCUGCUGCAGAACGGACAAACGGACAAGGAAAAUGACAGACCACAGAUGGAUGCACUUUAGCCACGGCAGCGUGCCGCCGAAUGCCGUGGUGGCCGGCCACGACUCGGACGGGGACACGAUCUUCGUGGGCCGCGCCUUCUUCCAAAACGACAUGCUGCCGGCGAAGGUGAUCCCGAACAAGGGCCGGGCCUACGUGGCGUAUGCGCGCGAGGAGCACGAGCUGGAGAACUACGAGGUGCUGGCCGGUUACAACUACGAGUGGCUGCCGGCGGAGAACGGAGAGGUGCCGCCGGGGGCCGUCAAGGUGGGCCGCAACGUGGACGGGGAGUUCCUGUACGCCGGCCGGGGCUACCACGCCGGCAGCCUGACCAUGGGCAAGGUGCACCCCUCGCACGGCUGCCUGUACAUCCCCUACGAUUCCGAUGAGGUGAAGAUCUUCGGCUACGAGGUGCUGUGUCAGCCGGAGCGCUGGGUCGACACCACGGCCACGGACAUACCGGAUGGCGCUCUGGUGGCCGGCCACGACUCCAACGGCGACACCAUCUACGUGGGCCGCGUUUUCCGCAACGGCGACUUGCUGCCCGCCAAGGUGGUGCCGGCCAAGGGCAAGGCCUAUGCCGCAUAUGCCCAGGCGGAGCACGAGCUCACCGAUGUCCAGGUGCUCACGGGAUCGGGCUUCCAGUGGGUGCCUGCCUCGCACGGAAAUGUUGCGCCCGGAGCCCUGUCCUCCGGCCCGAAUGUCGACGGGGAAGCCCUGUACGUCGGACGGGCCAUUUACUGUGACAGCCUGAGCGUGGGAAAGAUCCAUCCCUCGCACGGCUGCAUCUACAUCCCCUUCGGCGGCGAGGAGGUGCGUCUGGAGCACUACGAGGUCCUGGCGAGGAUCUAGAUCCUGUGUUUUUUUUUUUAAAUUUUUUUUUAUCAAGAAUAAAUUUUAUGUUAAUAAAAGUGCUCAUACAACGUAAUGGUGAAAAAUAAAUUAUGUGUUCCUAAAAGUAAACAAUAUAUU